UUCUGGCCACUUUAUCAAGUUUAGUGUUUGGCAGCACUGAUAUCUCUGAAUGGGAACAAUCAAUUUUUUUUAGAUUAGUCAGAGAAGUGUUAUUUUUUUAAAUAAAUAAAUUAACUUUUAUUACUUUUUGUGUUAAAGUUUCAUCAUACCGACUAAAGAUAUCACAUACAAUAUAAGGCUUUCAAUAUGCAGGACCCUAAUGAAGAUACCGAAUGGAAUGAUGUACUCCGUGCCAAGGGCAUUUUGCCCCCGAAACAAGAGGCUGAAAUUACGGAGGAACAAAUCCAAGCUAUGGUGGACGACGCUAUAAAUAAACGCACAAAUUUGAGGUCGGGAGAAGACGCCCGUUCCAAGGAAAUUGACGAUAUGACACUAGAUGAGUUAGAUGAACUAGAGGACUCAGAAGAUGAAGAGGUCUUGGAGCAAUAUCGUCUGCGACGCAUUGCAGAAAUGAGAGCUUUUGCGGAAAAGGCAAAAUUUGGCACAGUGCGGGAGAUAUCCGGACAGGACUAUGUAAGUGAGGUGACGAAAGCUGGAGAAGGCAUUUGGGUGGUUUUACACCUCUAUGCCAAUGGAGUGCCGUUAUGCGCACUCAUCCAUCACCACAUGCAACAGCUGGCAGUGCGUUUCCCACAGACAAAGUUCUUGCGAUCAAUAGCAACAACUUGUAUACCAAAUUUUCCCGAAAAAAAUCUACCAACAAUUUUCAUAUAUCACGAAGGUCAAUUGAAGAAGCAAUACAUUGGUCCAUUAGAGCUACGUGGUGAAAAACUAACGCUUGAUGAAUUGGAGUUUAUGCUGGGAGUAGCAGGGGCGGUUCCAACAGAAAUAAAGGAAGAUCCACGGCCACAAAUCCGGGACAAAAUGCUCGCUGAUUUGGAGAGUCAAAAUAUUGAUUUCUAUUAAAUGAGCAUAAUAAAAAGAUAAGAAAAAAAAGUA